CGAGCACUUCCGGGUGUGUGGUGGAGCGGUACGCCGAGUGUCCUGACGACCUGGAGGCGAUUGGCCUAGUGGAGCGCUCCGAAAAGGUGCGAGGAUGCUGCGCCGGAAGCCGACGCGUCUGGAGCUCAAGUUGGAUGACAUCGAGGAAUUUGAGGGCGCCAGGAAGGAGCUCGAGAGUCGUAAGAAGCAGCGUGAAGAAGUUGAUGUCGUGGGAGCCAGUGAUGGCGAGGGGGCUCUGGGACUGAGUAAUGACCACAAGAGCCGGGAACAGAUGAUACACGACCGCAUUGGCUACAAACCGCAACCCAAACCAAACAAUCGUUCUUCUCAAUUUGGAAAUCUUGAGUUCUAGAACGUGGGAACUGAGCAAAGUAGGAAUCUAUCCAUAGUUAUGGAAAGCAGGUUUGGCCUGUCAUCUCUGGGUCUUAAACUGUUGUCCUAGGAAGGGAAGCCUUUCUCUUCUGUGAAACUAAGACUGGAUCCUUUCCAUUUGAUGUUAUCUAUCUUGCAGCCUUAAUGGCAAUGUCUUAAAUAAAUGUUUUUUUUUAAAUGUGGGGUGGAGAGGUUGCUUACAUUGAGAUGGGGAUGGUAGCAUUCUGUGCCAUGCCAAAGGAGGGGGCUGUGGCUUAGUGGCAGAGCACAUGCUUUUUGUGCAGAAGGGUUGCUGAUUCAGUCUCCAGCUUAAAGGGAUCUCUAGUACAAGGGGUGCCUAAAAACCAUUAGCAGUUGUAGAUAGAUAAUAUUGGCUAGAUCAGUGGUACUCGCUCUAUGGAUCAUGGAGAGUCACAUUCUCAGUUCCCAUAAAUCAAAAGAGCCAUGAUGACUUCUAUAUGUCCUGUGCACCAUCCCAAAUGCACACACAAACAAAAAUAUGUAAUAUAACCCUUUUAAUUACUAAAGUACCUCUGAGCAUCUAGAGUUAUCUUAUGCAACUAUUUGGACAGUUUUUUUUAAAAAGAUCUAGUAUUUAACGGUGGUAUCGUACCCCACCAGCUGCAUAUGUUGACCCAUCCUCAAACAUAAAAUCCCUGGAUCUGCAGAACCUUGAUAUGUUAUGAACAAGUUGUUUUAAAACAGUUUUAUCUUGGGUCCAUAGUAGUAAUUAAAUUAUUUUAAUUAAUAAAGCAAUUAUCCACUGUCCUGGAACAUGGGAUAGGUGCCAUGAGGAACAGCGCUCAGAAGAGCCAUAUUUGACUCCUGAGCCAUUGAAUAUCACUGGACUAGAUGGACCAAUGGCUUAUUAGGAUUAAAGUGCAGUCUUCUGCAGCUUGGGAGUUGUACACAAUUAUUUGUCAAAUAUAUACAUGAGUAGAACAGACAAAGAUCUUCUAGUUAACUUUUUGGUGAUGUCAAAUGAGGUGUAUUCUUAUCAUGACACUAAUACAUUGUGAUUUUUGGCUGGUAAGAUGUUCUCCCCUAAAGCUGUUGCUGAAUUAAUUUUCUUAGUCAUUUUGGUCAGUAGACAGGUCAAGUAUUUUUAAACCAUUAACUGUGAGAACAAAAAAAGCAAAGUUUGAUGUGCUACUCACACAAGCAUGUUGUGAAACAAUAAAAAUUAAUUCAUUCGUUUUUAAAAAUUAA